AUGUCUGAUACAUUAUUCGAGGCAAGAGAGGAUAUUGAUGGUGUGAGGUGUACAUGGAACACCUUACCGAGAUCUAAACUACAACAUGAACGUAAUAUCAUUCCAAUGGCUACCAUGUAUACUCCAUUGAAUAAUAAGAACGAAGAAGAAAUACCCAGAUCAGAUCAAAUGAUUUUAUGUAGACAAUGUCAAUCAUUCAUAAAUCCAUAUGUGGUCAAAACUCACGAUAUUUGGAUGUGUUCAUACUGUGGAUUUUCUAAUCGUUUAGAACUCGAUCCACUGGGGAAUUUACCUAUUGGUGCACAAUAUUCAACAGUCGAAUAUUCAACUGGAAAAUUCAGUAACUUACCACCAAUUUUCCUUUAUGUCAUCGAUACUUGUUUUGAAGUAGAAGAUUUAGAAGACGCAUAUGCAUCGUUGAAAGAAUCAUUAGUUGUUUCUUUGAGUUUAUUACCGGAAAAUGCAUUAGUUGGUGUAAUAUCAUAUGGAAAAAAUGUCCAAAUCCAUAAUUUGACGUCAACUUCAUCGAUCAAUCAUACUUUUAACGGUGCAAAAGAGUACAACUUAGAUCAAUUCAAGAAGGCACUUGGACUUUUAGAUGGUACAGUAAGAAAUCAAGGUAAAUCAGGUGAUAUAACUGACAUUUUUGGGAAACUUGGUAAACAAUUCUUACAACCUGUAAGUAUUGUGGAAUAUGAAGUCACUAAUAUCUUUGAAACUUUAGUCACCAAUACAUUCCCCAGAUUGAAUAGAAAGGAAAGACCUUAUAGAGCUACUGGUUGUGCUAUAAACAUCGCAUCAUUAUUCUUAACCUCAUUACUUGGAAACUUUGGGGCUACUGGAGGGCAUAUUCUUACUUUUGUUGGAGGUGCAUGUACCUAUGGACCAGGAAAAAUUGUCGGUAAUCAAUUAAGAGAACCAUUAAGAUCACACCAUGAUAUUGAAACUUCAAGGCAAUCGACGUUUGCUAAGAAUAUGAAAUUACCACAAUCAACUAACUUUACCGUAGAUUAUUCAUUAGUUUUGAAAGCCAAGACAUUUUACAAGUCUAUCACACAAUACUUAUUAAAAUUAGGUAUCAGUUGUAGUUAUUUCAUUGGAAGUUAUGAUCAAGUUGGGUUAUAUGAAAUGGAUGAAGUUUGUAGGAAGUCUGGAGGAAUAAUCAUCAUGAGUGAUUCUUUCAAUACAUCGAUUUUCAAGCAAAGUUUCAUGAAAUUCUUCCAAAAAAACCCUCAAACUGGAUAUCUUGAUUUCGCUUUGAAUGCCACAUUAGAAGUUAAAGUCCAGAGUGAUUUGAAAGUUCAAGGUUUAAUAGGAAAUGCUAUUGGCUUACCAGUUAAUCAAAAAAAUACUAAUUUGGUUUCUCAAAAACCUCCCAAAGGUGAAGGUAAAACCAAUAGUUGGAAAUUAUGUCAUAUAAACCCCCAAUCAACAUUUGCAAUUUAUUUCGAAAAGAUGGAUAGUUCAAUAUCUACCACUACCACAUUAAUUCAAUACAUAACUCAUUAUCAACAUGCAUCAGGAGAAUUCAUUUUAAGAGUUUCCACUGUACCAAUAAAUAUAGUUCCUGAUAACGAAAUUGCUAGAUUAGAAAUGGAAUUUGAUCAGGAAGCUGCUGUAGUAAGUAUUGCCAGAGAUGCCAUAUACAGAUUAGAAAAUGAAAAUAUCAAUCAUGUUGAAAUUGUGAAAGAAAUUGACAAAAACACUAUUGAUUUCUGUAAGAGAUUUGCUCAAUAUACCAAGGGAGUUGUUUCAUCUUUUAUGUUAUCAAGCAAAUUUGCAUUUUUACCUCAUUUUGUUUUCCAUUUGAGAAGAUCUCCAUUUAUUAACGUGUUUAACAAUUCCCCUGAUGAAAGUAGUUUCAUCAGGCAUGUGUUGAUGCAUGAAGAUUCUAAUAAUUCAUUAGUAAUGAUUCAACCAACAUUAUUAUCAUAUGAUAUUGAUAAGUUCGGUGCACAAGAUGAAGAAGGUAAUACCAAUAAUGAACCCGAACCAGUAUUAUUGGAUUCUGUAUCAUUAACCAAGAAUGGGAUCUUAUUGUUAGAUACUUUUUUUCAAAUUUUAAUCUACCAUGGUGAACAAGUUGCUAGUUGGAGAAAAGCUGGAUAUCAUGAAAUGGAAGGAUAUGAACAUUUCAAAGAAUUCUUGGAAGCCCCUAAAAAGGAAGCACUUUCAAUUCUAAUGGAUAGAUUCCCCUUACCCAGAUUUAUUGACUGUGAUGAAGGUGGGUCUCAAGCAAGAUUCCUUAUGGCUAAAUUAAAUCCAAGUUCAAGUUAUUCAACUAAUCCUAAUAUUUUCUACGGUAAUCAACUCGAUGUUUUAACUGAUGAUUUAUCGAUGCAACUGUUCAUGGACCACAUUCAACGGGUGGUCACUGCUAAAUAG